AUGUUGGGUCGGUCUGCAUUUUCCAGAACUGGGAGUUUCCGACCUGAGAAUUUAGGUCAGAAUGCCAUGGCCAUGAUUGGGAACGUUUGCUUCUCAUUUUUUGUAAUUGGGGUUUUGGUUUUCACCAUUAUGGCUGCCACGUAUGAACCUGAGGAUCCCUUGUUUCACCCUUCAACCAAGAUCACUACAUUCCUCACUUCCAAAUCCAAUGCCACUUUCAAGUCUGAUAUCACUGUUGUUAGAACUGGGGAGGAUUUCAUGGCUGCUAAUGAGACCGUUUUUGGCUCCAUUAUCAACUCAACUGAUGUUGAUAACUUGAUUAGUGCCGAAACUGUUGAUGGCGGCGACGCCGCAGCUGCUCACUGUGAUGUGAGUGGCCCUAUUGAUUGUAAGGAUCCUGAGGUGUUUCAUUUGAUGAUGAGGGCAACAAUUGACAAGUUUCAGGAUAUCCAUUUUUACCGAUUUGGGAAGCCGGUUGCCGGUUCCAAUGACAGCACAUGCGAUAUGGCAUGGCGGUUUAGGCCUAAGGAAGGGAAGGCCGCUGCAUUUUAUAAGGAUUAUAGGAGAUUUGUGAUUGAUAGAUCUGAGAAUUGUACACUUAGUGUUGUUAGCAUUGGGGAGUACCAUACUGGUGUAAAUGCCAGGAAGAGGAAGAAGCAUCAGAAGGCUGGGCUAGAGAAGACGCCACCGAAUCUGGACCAGGCAAACGCAUUACCUGUUGUUGGAGAGUUUGUUAAUGACAGUCUCCCUGUGGUAGAGUCUGAAAGUUCAUUUACUCAUGGUAAAUACUUGAUUUAUGAAGGUGGUGGAGACAGGUGUAAGAGCAUGAAUCAUUACUUGUGGAGUUUCUUGUGUGCUCUUGGUGAAGCUCAGUACUUGAACCGAACAUUGAUUAUGGAUUUGAGCAUAUGUCUGUCUUCGAUUUACACAUCAUCAAGGCUGGAUGAGGAGGGCAAAGAUUUCAGGUUCUACUUUGAUUUUGAGCAUUUAAAGGAGGCGGCGUCUGUGUUGGACAAGGAGCAGUUUUGGGUAGAUUGGAACAAGUGGCAACAUAAAGAUGGGAUGAGUCUUCAUCUUGUGGAGGAUUUCAGGAUUACGCCCAUGACGCUUAGGGAUGUGAAGGAUACCUUGAUCAUGAGGAAGUUUGGAUCUGUCGAGCCAGAUAACUACUGGUAUAGAGUCUGUGAAGGAGAGACAGAAUCCGUUGUUCAAAGGCCGUGGCAUUUGUUAUGGAAAUCAAGGAGGUUGAUGGAUAUAGUGUCUGCAAUAUCUUCAAAGAUGAAUUGGGACUACGAUUCUGUUCAUGUUGUGAGAGGGGAAAAGGCAAGGAACAAGGAGCUUUGGCCUAAUCUUGAUGCACAUACCUCUCCUGAUGCACUCCUAGCAACCUUGAGCAACAAGAUUGACGAAGGAAGGAAUCUCUACAUAGCAACAAAUGAACCUGACACAUCUUUCUUCGACCCUCUGAAAGAUAAGUAUACCACUCAUUUUCUUGACGAGUAUAAGGAACUUUGGGAUGAAACUAGUGAGUGGUACUCUGAGACAACGAAACUCAAUAACGGGGUCGGAGUUGAAUUCGAUGGUUACAUGAGAGUGUCCAUUGAUACAGAAGUGUUCUUGAGAGGCAAAAAGCAGCUUGAAACUUUCAAUGAUUUGACCAGUGAUUGCAAGGAUGGUAUUAACACCUGUAAUGUUGCAGCAAACUAA